AUGGGUGCAUCUUGUUGCGGGUCUAAGGCUGAGCGUGUUAGUGCUGGCGUGGAGGACCAUGGCCAUCAGCAUACUGAUCAUGGAAGCGACUCUGCUACGGUUGAGCACGAUAAACCCCAUGACAGUCACCACGGGCAUGCGCAUGCCAACACUGAUGAACACGGCCCCGAACAUGGACAUGGAGGAUGCUGCGACGGUCACUCCGAUGCUUCUAGUAUUACCUCCCAGGCCUCAACUUGCUGUGGCAGCGAGGAACACUGCAGUGAGAAAUGUAUCUAUGCCAUUGCCGCCAUCGAGUGCAAGAAAGCUUGUGACGACGAUCCAGACCACGAAGGUACAGGCUCACAGGACCAGCCCCACGAACACGACAAUGGGCUUCACAAAGCCGACACAGCCUGCGGUACCCAUCUCGAAGCUGCAUUCAACCAAUACAGCAGCUAUCUCGAACAAAUCCGCUGCAUCUGCCGAAGCGCCAUCGAGCAGGGAAUGACGUCCCUUGAAACAUGCUGCAUGAGCACCCGAGCGACCCCAGACAAGAAGCAUCGAAACAAACAUGGAAAGAAGAAGGCUGCCCCUGUUAUCCCCGCUUUCAACCCCUCUGGAACAGGGAGUAAGCAGGUUGACGUUGAGAACGCUGCGAAUCUUGAGACAGUUGGGUUUCUUGUUAGUGGUAUGGAUUGCACCUCUUGCGCAGACAAGUUGCUGCGUAUCUUUGGUAGUAUGACUGGUGUUUCCAAUGCUCAAGUCAACUUUGUCAUGGGCAAGGGAGAGUUCGACGUUGAUACAUGCAUCACUAAUGCUGAAGAAGUUCUCAGCUUUGUAUCUGGGGCAAGUGGCUUCAUGCUUAGCAAGAUCAUCGGCGGGGAUUACUACCUUGAUGUUCUGGUUACGGCUGCACAGAGUAAGGAGCUUGUCGACCAUCCACCUUUGGGCGUGGCGGAUGUGCAGUCGCUUGACAAGAGGACAGUCCGCCUCUCGUAUGAACCGACUACCGUUGGAGCCCGAGACCUGUUGGAGUCGAUUAAAGACAAGUGUAAUGGCCUGGCUGAACCCCGUGGAGAUCCCCAACUCGAAAACAGUCGCCGUCGCCUCUGGGACCAACUCACAAAGACUCUGCUCGCCGCAGCACUCACCAUCCCCGUCGCAGUAGUCUCAUGGAGCGAGAACCUAGUCGACAAGAAGACGGAGGGGAUUGUCUCGCUGAUCCUCGGCACACUGGUUCAAUGCAUCGCCAUCCCCGAGUUCUACCGCCCUGCUAUUUCGGCUGUUUGGUACAGUCGAACUGUCGAGAUGGACAUGCUCGUCGUCAUCAGCAUCACCGCUGCCUACGUCUACUCUGUCGUUGCGUUUAGCUUCGAAAUGGCGGGUAAACCUCUUGACGAGGGUCAAUUCUUCGAGACCAGCACCAUGCUCAUCACGCUCAUUCUCGUCGGUCGCCUCAUCGCGGCCUUCGCUCGCGUCCAAGCUGUUUCAGCUGUAUCUCUUCGCUCCAAGCAGAAUAACAUCGCUGUGCUGGUACAGAAGGAAGGUGAUCGUGAGAUCGACGCUCGUCUUCUUCAGUAUGGUGAUUUCUUCAAGGUUCUGCCUCACUCGAGAGUUCCUACUGAUGGUGUUGUGCUAUCUGGCAAGACUGAGGUUGAUGAGUCUAUGCUUACAGGGGAGACACUUCCUAUUGUUAAGCAGAAGGGCAGUGACUUGAUUGCGGGCACUGUUAAUGGAGAUGGUACCGUCACUGUCCAGUUGACGCGCCUGCCUGGGAAGAACACGGUCACCGACAUUGCUCAGCUUGUGGAAGAGGCUGCCAAGUCGAGACCUGAGAUCCAAGACCUCGCUAACAAAGUCGCUGGCUGGUUCGUUCCAGCAAUGGCCACUGUGGCUAUUCUUGUCCUUGUCAUCUGGAUCGCCUGCGGUAUAGAGGUUCUCAACUACGAUGCUGGAAAGAGUGUUGGUAAUGCCAUCACCUACGCAGUAGCUACUCUUGCAGUCGCAUGCCCCUGCGCUCUUGGCCUUGCAGUUCCCAUGGUUCUCGUCGUCGCUGGCGGUAUCGCAGCUCGAGGUGGUGUCAUCAUCAAAUCUGCUGAUACCACUGAGGGAGCACGCAAGACUACUGAUGUUGUUUUUGACAAGACUGGUACAAUCACCGAGGCUGAGCUUGCUGUGACUGAGCAGGUCAACUUGAACGGAGAUAUGGCAGAUAACAUCUCUUUGACCAAGGCUCUUGUUUCUGGUGGCAAACAUCCCGUCUCGGCUGCCGUUGAGAAACAUCUACAAGGACAGUCCAUCAAGGCCAUGCCCGAAGUGGUCAAUGUUCAAGUCGUUCCAGGCGCUGGAGUUGAAGCAGAUUACCUAGAAUCAACUCUGAGAGCUGGAAAUGCUCGAUGGACUGGGGCCGAUAAGAUGAACCACGUGUCGCGCCUUCAGCAUGGUGGCCUCACUACUCUCGUCGUAACUCGCGAUUCCAUCCCUCUUAUCGUCUUCGGCCUCUCGGCUCAGAUCCGCGCUGAAGCAGUGCGAGUUAUUUCUGAGCUCAAGUCUCGCGACAUCAAUGUUCAUCUUGUUUCUGGAGAUCAGAUUAAGGCUGUUCAAGCUGUCGCGGCAUCUGUCGGUAUCCCUACCGAGAACGUCGUUGGCGAGCGUACUCCACCCGAGAAGAGAGACUACGUCGCUUCUUUGAUGGAACAGGGCAAGCGAGUUCUCUUUUGUGGUGAUGGCACAAACGAUGCUAUUGCCGUAGCUCAGGCCAACGUUGGCGCUCAAAUGGGAGGUGGUUUGACAAGCAGCGACGUUACCCAGGGUGCAGCAGAUGUCGUGCUUCUGAACGGUCUUGAAGGCAUUCCUUUUCUUCUUGAUAUCAGCAAAGUCUCGUUUCAACGCAUGUACUUCAACUUUGUCUGGUCUGCUGUCUACAACAUCCUCGCCAUCACAAUGGCUAGUGGUGCUUGGGUUGAGUUCAGAAUUCCGCCAAGGUAUGCUGGUUUGGGAGAGAUGGUCAGCGUGGUACCUGUUAUUCUCGCUGCUAACUCAAUGUUUUUUGCACGAUACUUCAAGCUAAAGGCAUGA